GAAAAGGAAACCCCAACCUUACUCUUCAAGUAAACCCCGUUAGUAUAAAUACUUCCCAUUAAAUUCUUCCACUUCAUCUUCUACGCCAGAAGUCUCCUCGUCGUUCCCAAAUCCUUCCCCACAGUUUCCCGCUAGAGACGUCAUCUACUCUCUCUCUCUCUCUCUCUCUUCCAUAUAAAAUUUUAUGGCGAAACUGAAGAUUGGGGGGGCAUGGUCGGGUGUGUUGGAGGUAGAACUGGAGGAAUGGACCGUACCCAUGUUGAGGCAAGAGGUUGCGAAGCGAUCGCAGUGUGGGCCAGAGUCGAUCAACCUGAUUUGCGCCGGGAAAGUGCUCAAGGACGGCGAUGGGACCCAGAACCUGUCCCAAUUGGGAGUCAAGAACAAUGCCAAGGUCCUGGCCAGUCGGGUUUCUGCUGAUCAAGGUAAGGCCUUGAAGGACGAAUUGAUGGCAGAGGAUGAACGCUCCAGUAGGCUCUCACGGCUCAAGGCUACUGUGACUUCACUGGCCAAGAGACAUGCAGAUGGUUCAUUACCACUUGAAGACUUCAAUAUAGAACUGGAAAAUCAAAGUGGAGAGGCUGUACAAUUGGGGUCUGAAACUGAUCAAAGGGCUGUGAUGAUGGGUCUAAUGCUUCAUGCAAAUGCUAGACAGCUAAUUAGCAGGGAAAAGUACAAAGAUGCAUUAGAAGUGCUUGCCAUGGGAGAGGAGGCUUUUUCUCUUUGCAACUCCAAAGUCAUUGAGUUGAUCGACAAUGUCCCAAUACUACAAAUAGAUAUGGUGUGGUGCUACUUCAUGCUUCGAGACAUCAGUUGGCUCUCAAUGGCUGGAAUACGCCUUUCAAAAGCUAGGGAAGGAAUUCAACGAGCUCAUGGGAAGGAUGCUAGUCGUCUUAGACUUCUUCAAGGAGGGCGUUAUCCGGAGAUUGCAUUACACCUGAGGAUGGAACUACUGGAAGGAGUGGUUGCAUACCACAGUGGUCAGUUCGAAAAAUCAAGGCAGGCCUUGACUGAUGCACAAACUAGAUACUUCCAGCUUCAGGUGCCUGAUGAAGCCCUUUCUCUGCUUAUGAGUAUGGGCUAUAAAGAACGCAAUGCAAAAAGGGCUCUUCGCAUGAGCAAUCAGGAUGUUGAGAGUGCUGUUGGGUUUCUAGUUGAGGAGAAGGAAAAAAAGGCACAGAAACAGGAGGAGGACAUUUGGCGAAGAAAUGAGAUCACGGAGCAGAAGCGUUAUGGAAUGACACCCCUCAGGAAACCUGUGGAUCUCCAGAGAUUGAAUGAAUUGGUCUCCAUUGGGUUUGAGAAAGAUCUUGCUGCAGAAGCACUAAGAGGAAAUGAGAAUGACACACAGAAGGCUUUGGAUGACUUGACAAACCCAGAGUCUAAUUCUGCCAUACAGCUUGAUAUUGAUUCGAGGAAAUGGAAAAGACAGCGUCAAGCAGCUGAUGCUGCUAUUGAAGAGCUUAUAUCCAUGGGUUUCCCGAGAGCAAAAGUGGUUGCAGCUGUUAGGGCCUUUGGCGGAAAAGAUCAAGCAUUAAGUCAUCUCCUCAGCCAAACCGACCAAAAUACCUCUGAUGGGAACACAAGCUCUUCUGCUCCAAUACCUAACACCAUUGGCGCUGAUAUUUUGUGUCCAGAAGGUGGUGUUGAAGGUUUGUCGGGCAUCAAUGAAGCCGCUAUGACUGAUGGCGAUGUUAAAGCGGACCCUAGUACAAAACUCGAUGAGAGGGAUGUGGAAAUGGAAGAUGAACUUACAGAGGAACUAUACAAAGCAGAUGCCUUGUCAGAUUAUGACAUUGAAGUUACGAGGGAAGGGGAAGCUAUAAAUGAGUACUUGGCUCUACUGGCUUCUGCGGAAAAUGGUGAAAAAGCUGUUUUGGCCGCCCAGUGAGAUGAACAUAGUUCUAAAUAUGAAAUGUACAGUUCUUUUGUGGAUAUGGAUUGCAUGUGGCAUCAGUUAAGGCGAUGGGUGUAAGUCGUGUGACUGAUUUGACAUAAUGGGUGUUUUAGUUCUGAUUACAAUAAUAUGUCUGGAAUUACGUAACAAGUUUUCUGCCA